AGAGAUAAUCUAUGUGUUAUAGACCAGUAUAAGUAGUAAGAGGCAUUGCGAAAAUGAUUGUAACAAGAGGUAACAAUCUCAAAGUUUUCCUGUAAUCUUGUGGAAACGUGGAGUUGUGUUAAAUUAUUUUAAUUGCAGUCAGAGGAAGGCAGGUACAGGUAAAUGUAUAGGACAAACUUUCGAAGGGGGGCCAUUUAGCGAACGAUUGCAGAACUGAAUUUACCUAUUCUCACCCACCCCCCCUAAAAAAAUAUGUGAAGUUUAAUGCAACUGAAAAACGUGAAGAUGUCCAGAAUCGAAUCCUGUUUGCAAGUUGUUAAGUAUUUCACAUAACUAACUAUCUUCGGUGAAUAUAUUUGAAUCACUUUUCUUAUUCUUAGUUGACCAUAUUUCACUGGCCACCAGAACACCAUUAUAAUAACCCGCCAUCUCGAAUAAUCACAACUACCUUCCACACAAUAACUUUGGACGUGAUACUUUUCCGGCACCAACUCGUUCAGGUCCUCGUCAUUUCAUGUGUCCCUCUUGCAAAAUAGAAUCGAAAUAGACAGCUCGGAAAUCAUCCGGAUUUUCAUCUUUAAUGCAGCCAUACUGGCAGAUACUUAGAGCAAAUCGUCCAAUUUAAAUAUCACAAAAUAAGUAGUCGGAAACAGGUUGCACGGGUAGAGAGAUCGGUAGAAAUGAAUGAAUAACUAAAGACGCAAUAACUGUGGAUUAAUGCAAUGAGAUCGAUGCACGAAAGUUUGAUUUUUCACUUGACGUUCAAAUAAGUUAAAUUUUAAACUAACUUUCAAACCAUGACGAGGGGGAGAAAGCUGUUGAUUUGGGCCAGGUUUAUGUUUGGACAUGGAUAUUCUGAUCGCCUAUUCAAAGUAGCGGGUGUAUUCUGAUUUAAAUGUAUGAUUGCAUCUGAUAUGCCUUGCAAGACCCGUUAAAGCGAUCUCAGCUUCUUCUUAACUUGUCCUCAAAACCAAAGUAUUGGGUCUAUUUACCGGGAAAAAAAAGGUUUCGGUGCUGUUCUCCUGGCUUUCAUAUUAGUUGGAAAUAGCUCACAGUCAAUCGUCACAAAUAAAUGAUCACACUUACAAAUUAACAUUGGAUUCACUAUAUUUCAUUAUUACUGGUUUUCUUCAAGGGUUUAAUAGCAAACGAUGGUUAAAAAUAUGGCCUAGCAUUGCAAGAGUUUCCCUCAGGUUAGCAUUGGAUUUUAGGUUGCAUUGUCAUUUCGUUGCAAAUUAUUUCAAUUGUAUCCACAAGCGCACUCACAGAUACAUAGAUACACACACAGACACACACACACACACACACACACACACACACACACACACACACACACACACACACACACACACACACACACACACACACACACACACACACACACACACACACACACACACACACAAACACACACACACACACACACACUCACACACUCACACACACACACACACACACACACACACACACACACACACACACACACACACACACACACACACACACACACACACACACACACACACACACUCAUACUCACAUACACACACACACACACACACACACACACACACACACACACAGACACACACACACACACACACACACACACACACACACACACACACACACACACACACACACACACACACACACACACACACACACACACACACACACACACACACACACACACACACACACACACACACACACACACACACACACACAUAUUUUAUGACGUACAAAGCAUAAAAAGGGCUCGAUGCCGCUCUAUUUAAGUCUCUGCUUUAUUUAGAGUCAUUACACUUGCCGGCAGAGGGAAUGAAAAUGUUGUGUCUGUUCGUAGCUAAAACAACUUUAAUGAGGCCAAAUUUGCAAUAUACUGUGUAAGCCCGUAGGGACUAGUCCAUAAUUCCUUUUUUAUAUAUUAAACGUUGUUGCAUAUACAUACUAUUUAUGUAUAAGUUUAUGGUGUAAAAUAGUAAGCGGUCAGAGAGAGUCCACUUCAAAACCCCUAUAUUUUACUGCUCAGCACAGAGCGUCCCAUAAAAUCACUAACUGCCGCUCACUGGAUGUUAUAAACAAUAACAGGCUGCGCUUUUAUUGCGUUUUACAGUUCCUUAAUCUCUUUCGUAUAGUUCUCAGAUGACUGUAACUGUUCCAGACUCCGUCCAAGCACCAGAUAAAGGGCUUUAUUAAUAAUAGGCAAACGGGUCAUUAAAUUGUUAAAUACCACUAGAACUCCUUAUUAAGAUUAAAUAUAUAUAUAUGUUUUACAAAAAAAAAAAACCCAAUAAUUUGCAUACGAGUGCUGCUGGACAUGUGGCCAGACUGCAAUAACUUGGGAGGAAAUAUAGCAAUUAGGUCCAAUGUUGAUAGUAAUUAGAUUUUAGGUUUGCCACUGCACUUCCAUGUCUUGUUGAUGUAACUCUGACCUUUAAAGGAGACGCAUAUACUCAUUAAAUGGUUUGGAAAUUAACGUCUCUCUCCAUCCUCUACUUCACCACAGCCUAGAUACGUCCCCUUAUCAAUCUUUUGGUGGCGUAUGUAUUUCAUCUGUUGUAAAGCGGCUGAUAUCCCGGUAAUGAACACGGUGGAAUAUAUUAAUGCGCAUAUUCCCCCCUCUCUAUCUUUCUCCCAUUCCCUCUCUCUCUCUCUCUCUCUCUCUCUCUCUCCCUCUCCCUCUCUCCCUCUCUCUCUCUCUCACCAUUCCCUUUUCACGCGGUACAGUGUCCGCACGGAGUAGGCAAAGCCAAUAGGACGUGGUCGGGCUAAUAAAUGCAAAUUAUCAUGAAAAGAGACGGCAAAAUAUGAAACAACUCAUUUGGGCUGAAGUAAAUCACAGAAAACGGUUUAUGAGCGAACCUCUUCAGGAAGAUGUGAUGCCUGGAUCUCGUGUGUUAAGAUCAAUAAGAUGAAGGCUUAAUUUUCCCAGAAAAAAAAAAUCCUUGGCUUGUUUGAUUGUUUACCAAACACUAAGUUCCCUGCGUUCAGCUGAGAGACCUAGUCCUUUCCAGAUGAGCUCCUACUUUGUCAAUUCGUUGUUUUCCAAGUAUAAAAGUGGGGACUCCCUGCGCCCCAAUUAUUAUGACUGCGGGUUCAGCCAAGACCUGGGCACUCGAGCCACCGUGGUCUAUGGACCGGGCAGCGGGGGGAGCUUCCAACACCCCGGUCAAAUCCAGGAUUUCUACCAUCACGGCGCCGCCACUCUCUCCACCUCCGCGUAUCAACAGAAUCCGUGUACGGUGACGUGUCACGGGGACCCCGGCACCUUCUACGGCUACGACGCCUUGCAGAGGCAGCCCAUUUUCGCCGCACAACAAGAGGCCGAGCUGGUUCAAUAUCCCGACUGUAAGUCGACGGCGAACAGCCUAGGAGAAGAAGCAGAGAAUUCAGAACAGAGUCCAUCUCCGACACAGCUCUUCCCGUGGAUGAGACCGCAAGCUGCAGGACGGCGCAGGGGAAGGCAAACGUACAGUCGUUAUCAGACACUCGAACUUGAGAAAGAGUUUUUGUUCAAUCCAUAUCUGACUCGCAAACGGCGGAUCGAAGUGUCACACGCCCUGGGACUAACCGAGCGGCAGGUCAAAAUAUGGUUCCAGAACAGGAGGAUGAAAUGGAAAAAGGAGAAUAACAAGGAUAAGUUUCCCAGCAGUAAGUCCGAAAUAGAGGAGAGUCCGAAGGAGAAGGAAGUAAAGGAAGACGAAAACAACGAUGAGCAGCAAUGAUCACAACUAACCAUUCGAAAAAGAAAAAAAAAUAAGGAAGGGGAAUGAUAGAAUAAGGUUGACACAUUUAAAGUUGUGUGGGUGGGUGUGAAAAGCAGAACAAAUGUUACUGAAUACUGUAUAAUAAACAAACAAAAAAAAACAUUGUACCGAAAUGUAUGAAGAUGUUGACUAAUGGGACCAUUUCAACUUUGUACCUGACAUGUACAUGUCAUUGUGUAACAGUCUAGCUAUUUAAGUGAGUUUCUGUAAAGUAUUUAACGUGAAGUUUAUAGAACAAUGUACUAGUUUGUGUGUUGAAAUAGCAUUGUAGUAUAUUUAAGCCGUCUGCACUACAUCAGCUAAUAACUAUUAGCUUUUAAAAGAAAUCCCAACAACAUGAAGCUGCCUAUUGAAGCUUUAGCUAUUUAGAUUGUGUUAUUGUUUACGGCUUUGGUGUAUUUAUAAAAUUGUUUUUCCUCACGGCGGAAUGGCAAAGUCUGUUGGUUUUUUUUUACGAAACGUGGAGAAAAUGACUCUUCAGUAUUAACUGUGAGAAAACCUACUGUAAACGCGA